CACUGACUGAUGUUGGCGAGUGCACUAUUUAUUGAACAACGAUGCAAUUACCGUUCUGUUUUUACUGAUUCUACUGUAAUUUGUCAGAUUUGAAAAAAAUUCUGGGAAGUUGUGUCUUCCUUACAAAACAAAGAUGGCAGAAAACGAGGCAAAAGGGAAGGCUUUACUGGAUGAAGCUGACAGAAAAUUAAAAUCGGCGACAGGAUUUUUCGGAAAUCUUUUCGGUGGUUCUCAGAAGCAGGAAGAUGCUUGUGAAUUGUACAGCAGAGCAGCAAACAUGUUCAAAAUGGCCAAGAAAUGGAAUGAUGCAGGUAAAGCAUUUUGUAGUUGUGCUGAGAUUCAACUUCGUCUGGAGUCCAGGCAUGAGGCAGCCACUAGCUAUGUGAAUGCUGGAAACUGCUUUAAGAAGACUGACCCACAGGAAGGUGUCAAAGUACUCUUGAGAGCAAUUGAAAUCUACAUCGACAUGGGACGAUUCACCAUCGCUGCUAAGCAUCACAUCUCAAUUGCGGAAAUCUACGAGAACGAAAUGGUUGACCUCGAGAAAUCUGUUGAGAACUAUGAGAGGGCAGCAGAUUACUACAAAGGGGAGGAGUCAAACAGCUCUGCUAACAAGUGCUUACUGAAAGUAGCAAUGUAUGCUGCACAGUUGGAAGACUACGCAAAAGCCACAGAAAUCUACGAGGAAGUUGCCAAAACCUCAAUGGAAAACCCACUGCUCAAAUACAGUGCUAAAGACUACUUCUUCAAGGCUGCUUUAUGUCAUAUGUGUGUAGAUGUGCUGAAUGCCCAGCUUGCUGUGGAGAAAUAUGACAAGAUGUUCCCAGCGUUCACCGACAGUAGAGAACACAAACUCCUCCUUAAAUUAUUGGAUGCCAUUGAAGACCAAAACGUUGACAGCUACACCGAAGCAGUGAAAGAUUAUGAUUCCAUCUCCCGAUUGGACCAAUGGCUGACCACCAUUAUGUUAAGGAUUAAGAAGAGUAUUAAUGAAGACCCUGAUCUACGGUAAUCUUACUGCAGCAACUCCUCCAGCGGAUUUAAAGAUAAGCCCCUUUUGAUCUCUGUAAAAAGAAAAAACAAAUAUACAUUUAAGAUCAGAAUACUGUAAUAUUAACUGGACGAUGAUGCUCUAGAUGUUAGUGAUGCUCACAGUCAUUGUUUACUUCAAUAAUACGAUUGAAAGUCUAUGAUUUGCUUUUAUACUUUUCUUCUCUUCGUGUCGCGCUCAUUUUUAAUGUGUCAGUUCCUCAAAAUUAGUGUCUCCUUUUAGAUGAAUUCAAAGUAGAUUGACAAUCGUCGAUAGUAUUUAUUAUGAUUCAUAUUGAUGUAUAAUUUGCAGAGGUGAGGUUUUGUAAUCUAAACACAAAUUCUUUGAGGGGGAAAAAUCCCUAAGACUGCAGGGGCUUGUAGCUCAAAAAUUUUGCCGGAUCAAAACUUCUUUUUACAAGACCAGGUUCAAAAUGAGUUGAACAAGCACUAAAAGAAGAUCUAUCUCAUUUGUCACGCUACUGCGAUACUCGACAGGAAUCGAAAGAUAUACAUUAUCAGAUUCAUUGUAUAUUACAAGAUACUACACAAUAAGGUUUAUCGCGAUUCAAAACCACAAUACGUUAUUGGUAGGCAGAUGGGGCACUUGCUACCGCGGUGUAUGUUGUCAUGCACGACGUGCGCACGCAUGGCCUAUAUCUUUGUGUGAGUUCAACAGCGCCCUCUCUUGAUAUUUUGCUAUUCACGAUAAACCUUUUUAGGUAUUACUAUUGUUCGUAAAUUGAAAAACACAUGACCACCUCGGGCUUAUCCUGUUGUGAUUUUAUUGACCCAACUAGUCUCGGGCCUGCGGUCCAGUGUUAAUUUCGAGCCCUGCUAUGAGAUACCAUCAACUCAUACCACCUCACAUAAAGGCAUUUCCUUCUGCACUCCUUUGACUCGCCCAAAAGUCAUGUAGCUUAGCUGGUAUUACUUGUUGAACAUUCAGGAGUUUAUGCCUGGCACUUCUUUUCAGUUGAAUAACGCUGUAUUUACUUGUUGGACAUUCAGGAGGUUGUGGCUGGUAUUUUUUCAGUUUAAUCACACUGUAUUAUACACAUAUUUUAUGCACCAUAAAUCUAAUUGGUUUAAUCUGACAGCUUCAACAUUUUCCCCACCAUGCGUCAGUUUCAAAUUAUGCUCAUUUGACAAAUUGCAUCACAUUUGCAUGUUCUGAUUGCAAAAUAUUUAUUAAAACUCCUUGUGACAUUGGUUUUUUACCAAUUUCUCCCACAAAAAACAAUUCUUUAUCUGUCAGGAUACACUUUAUAAAAUAAAAAAAUCUUCUUCAGAGAUGGAAAUGUUGAAGAGCAUUUUAAUUGUAGUUAAUUACAUUUGGUCAUAGUCUUGAAAACAAACUUUCCUUCAACUCCUUUACGAAGCUGUUUAAAUAUUUAAAAUAUCAGUCCUGUUUAUUAGAUUGAUAAUGAUAGAUUCACGUUUGUACAAAACCAAAGCUAUAAAUGUAACAUUUACACAACCUGUAAAAUAAGUAAACAAAUAAAAUGAUCACCCAGUUUGUAAGUUCUGAGAAUUUGAAUUUUUGCCAUUAUACAAGAAAAAGAACAUGUACUUUUUUUGUUUAUACUUAUGUGAGUGUUCCCAUCCAAAUAAUCUCUGAUUGAUAUUUUGAUAUAAGUGCUUGGUAAAGUAAAGUUGCUUCUCAAAGAAACUUUUCAAUAGGAGAGCGAGGGUAACAACCAAGCUGUCUCCAUAUUGGAUUUUUGUUUAAACUAAUAAUGAACGCUUCUGUAGCACUGGUACCUGGCAGUUUUGACAUUGUGGCAUAUGAAUGUAAAUACUCCUAGUCACUGGGCCAUUUAUUUCAUUCCCUUGAAAGGAGUUUACAGCCUGUACUGCUAAAUAUGUAGCGCACCAAGCUAAAUCAAUCAAAAGAAACAACUCUGCCCUCACAUGUACCCAUUUACCCCUUGGUGAAGAGAAGCAAUUGUAAAGUGGGGUGUCUAAUGACUUAACUACCAGAACUUGAGUCCAGUACACUAGACCUCCUGGCCAGUGGGAUGCGUUAACUUGGUCAAAAUUAACAGUGGGAUGCGGUUACUUGGUCAAAGUUAACAGUGGGAUAAGGUAACUUGGUCAAAGUUAACAGUGGGAUGCGGUAACUUGGUCAAAGUAAACAGUGGAAUGCGGUAACUUGGCCAAAGCUAACAGUGGGAUGCAGUAACUUGGUCAAAGUAAACAGUGGGGUGCUGUAACUUGGUCAAAGUUAGCAGGGGAUGUGGUAACUUGGUCGCUUUACAUGUCGCUUUAAUUCAGCUUAGUGUUCUUUUGCUACAUGUGCCCUUCAAAUCGGUUUCAAAAUAAAAAUCAUUCCUUGUUUGUUUUGGUUAGAAACUGUAUUCAAGAAAUUUUGAAAUCUAUUUAAAAAAAGUUUGCUCAAUAUAGUAAGCAUUUCAGAAUAAAGUUGUGGUGUUGUAGUGAAUGUGAGUUAAUCAUAUACUUGUAAUUUAUAUUGAAUCAUCAGAACAUUUGUCUGUUGAAUUUUAUUGUAAUUUUUGUGCAUGUUUUCUUGUCGAGAAGGAAGUAUUAAUCAAUAUAAACCAGGGUUGAAUAUGAAAUGCAAUAUUAAAUCCCUAUAUUAUUCAAAAACUAA